CGUUCGCCUCGCAUAGCAGCGGCUUUACAACGUCCCUUGGGUCCAUUCAUCCGGUGGGGUGGAGGUGGUAAGCUCCGAACUCGAAGCUCCAAUAACCACAUGUGAGAAUCCGCGACUCCACAACUCCACCACCCAGGAUAUCCCUCAAUUGCACUGCACUGUACAUACAACAGCCACGAUCACAACCACAAUGUUGUUCCUCCGCCUAACCACCCUCUCCACGCGCCUCCCCCUCGCCGCCGGUGCCGGCAGGAUCUCGCGGCCGCUGCAAUCUGCCGCCCGCUGGAGCUCUACCGAUGCCACGGCUAGCAGCAGCAGCAGCGACAGCAAAUACGAGUACAUCCUCACGUCGACGCCCCGGCCCGGCGUAGGCCAAAUCACGCUCAACCGCCCCAAAGUCAACGCGCUCUCAACGCCCUUGAUGCGUGAGCUCAACGCGGCCCUCCGCGCCUUCUCCAGCGACGGCACCAUGGGCGCGGUGGUGCUAACCGGCAACUCCCGCUUCUUCGCGGCGGGCGCCGACAUCAACGAGAUGCGCUCACUCACCUUUUCCGCGGCAUACGGCGGGGACUUCAUCGCGCUCUGGUCUGAGCUGACUAGUGUUUCGCUGCCGAUCAUAGCCGCGGUGAACGGGCACGCUUUGGGCGGCGGGUGUGAGCUCGCCAUGAUGGCCGAUGUCAUCUAUUGUGGGCCUAAGGCGGUGUUUGGACAGCCCGAGAUUAAGCUCGGUGUGAUCCCCGGGGCGGGAGGGAGUCAGAGGCUGGCGAGGGCGGUCGGGAAGAGUAGGGCUAUGGAGAUUGUGCUCACGGGCAAGACGUUCACGGGCCAGGAGGCAGAGCAGUGGGGCCUCGCCAGUAGGUGCUUUGAGACCCCCGAGGCGGCGGUCGAGGGCGCGCGGGAUACUGCCGAGGCUAUUGCCGGCUAUGGAAGGCUCGCGGUUAAGGCGGCCAAGGAGGUCGUUAAUCAGGCGUAUGAGGGCUCGCUCGCUGAGGGGGUUAAGUACGAGAGGAGGGUUUUCCACUCGCUGUUUGCGACUAAGGACCAGAAGAUCGGAAUGAAUGCGUUCGUGAACAAGGAGCAGCCUAAGUGGAGCAACGAAUAGUUUGGCACCACCGCUUCUAGUUGUAUUGUACUUGUAUGGUUUGCAUUGAUCACUCGGGCAUGUCCUGGGUGCCGUAGGUAUAUCAUGUAGAUUUCUGCAGCGUAGCUUUACAAUUCUCAAACCACGCCGAGU